CGUUUGCAAAGGACGCGAGGAAAGUGUUUCGGUGAAUCAACGCGAGCGAAAAUCCCUAUUUAUCAUAAAAAUUCUAACAGAGUAAUCGGUUAUACGACGCACGGUGAAAUCAUGUGAAGCUAUAACGCGAUAACAAUUUAUCAGGCUCUCGUUCCGGAAGCUCGCGACGCGUUUAACCCACGGGUAACUUUAUUUCCGGUGCAAAAUUCGCUCUGGUAAUACAGCAUAUAAUAUUCGCAGGCCGCGCGCAGGGAGAGAAUUGCGUUAAACUUUAACACAGUUCGAAAAUUAAUGAUACCUGGAAGAGCGAUGACUUAAGAGAAGACAGAAAAAAAAUGACACGAACGCGGUUUACGCUGUUGAUACUUCUCGCCGCAGCAACCGAUGCCAGAGUUGCAGGCAUGCAGCCUUACUUGAACAUGUCCGGCGACAUUACACUCGGGGCACUUUUUCCAAUUCACAGAAAGGGAAGCGACGGCGAAGACUGCGGACGAAUUCAAACCGAGGAUGGCAUACAGCCGUUGGAAGCGAUGCUGUACACCUUGCAGCAGAUAAAUCAGGACCCAGACAUUUUGCCAGGCAUAAAGCUCGGCGCCUUGGUCUUUGAUUCCUGCGACAAUCCGAGCCACGCUUUGAAGCAGGCUCUCUACUUUGUCAAAGGAUUCAUCGCUCAUGUCAACACCUACCAUCAACAGGAGUUUCACUGUCUCGACGGAAGUGCACCGAAGUUUCUUGGCGGUGGAUUCGACAAAGUCGUUGCCGUAUUGGCGGCUCAGUCAAGCUCAGUGACGAUACAGGUUGCCUCGAUGCUGAGACUUUUCGCCGUCCCCCAGAUAUCUUACAUGGCGACGUCGCCUUCGCUCAGCAGCAAGGAUAAAUUUCCACACUUUUUCAGGACCGUUCCAAGCGACGUUAACCAGGCUCACGCGAUGCUGGAAAUACUCAAGGAUUUCGGGUGGACCUACGUGUCGAUAGUUUACUCCGACACGGAGUACGGAAACCACGGAUACGAGACCCUCGACUCUUUGGCGUCGAAUUAUUCCAUCUGCUUCAGCGCGCCGCACAGGAUAAACAAGGAACAAUUUUCCGACGAAGAUUACGACGGAGUCAUUCGCACGAUAACGAACAAAACGGAAGUCCGAGUCGUCGUCCUCUUCGCCGAAAAGUCGACUACCCUGCGGGUCCUGGAGGCUGCGAGACGCGUCGGUGUCGGGGAGCGGUUCGUCUGGAUCGGAAGCGACGCGUGGUCGACGGCAAAUCACAAGGAGGUGAUGACCGCGCGUUCGGACGAGCUCCAGGUAGACGAGAUGACCGUUCUCGAGGGCGCUUUGGCGGUCCAGCCUCUGUCAGGACGGAUGUCAGGGUUCGACGAGUACUUCACGAAUCUGACCCUCGACCACAAGGCCGUCAAUCCGUGGUUCUCCGAGUUCUGGGAGGAGUACCAUCACUGCGACCAGGAGGGAGAGCCUGCCCAUGACAAUCAAACCAUGCCGCAGGUCUCUUUAUUCCCGAGGGUCAGUCUGAGUCCAGAUACUAGUUGCACAAGUCCGCGGCUUACGAUCGAGGAAGCCAACGGCUACAAGCAGCAGAGGUUUCUCCACUUUGUCAGGGACGCAGUUUACGCUGUUGCUUACGCUCUUCACGAUUUGCAUCAAGUAAGAUGCGGCAAGAACUACACCGGGAUUUGCGACGAUAUGCGGCACAUCGACGGUGAAACGAUAUCCGCCUACUUGUCGAACGUAUCGUUCAACGACGAAGCUGGAAAGAAAUUCCGUUUCGUUCACAACGUUGACGGGCCUCCCAGAUACUCGAUUUUGAAUUACCAGAAAGUCAAGAAGGGUUCCUAUCAUUGGGUCGUGAUCGGCAACUACACGCAGGAUGACAACGGCGCACCGUUGCUCUACAUCGAGAAGGGCUCGAUGAAGUUCCGAGGGCAAACGGAAGGCGGACGCGAGUUCUUUCCAAACUCGACUUGUGCUCAGCCGUGUCAAAUCGACCAGGUAAAGUUCAGGGAACGGCUGGAUCCGUGCUGCUACAAGUGCAGGAACUGCGGUCACUACCAGGUGAAACUGGGCGAGCACCGUUGCGAGGACUGUCUGGAGGGAACGCGGCCAACACCGAACAGGACCUUCUGCGAGGACAUUCCGGAGGACUUCAUCGACUAUUCGAGUCCUUGGGCGAUAGCCGCGAUGGCGGUCGCGAGCUGCGGGAUCCUGGUCACCCUCUUCGUGCUCUUCGUAUUCUGGAUAUACAGCGAGACCCCCGUGAUCAAGGCGUCGGGACGCGAGCUGUCCUCCCUCCUUCUUCUCGGCACCCUCGUCUCGUUUCUGAUGACCUUUGCGGUUGUCGCCAAACCGGACAGCGGUACCUGCACCAUAACCAGAUUCGGAAUCGGACUGUGCUACACUCUUUGCUACGCGGCACUUGUCACCAAGACCAACAGGAUACACAGGAUAUUCAACAACAUGACGCACAGUCCGCACAAGCCCAGAUACACGAGUCCCAAGUCCCAGCUGAUAAUAACGGGUCUCCUCACAUCCAUCGAAGUCGUGAUAAACGCGGUGUGGCUGAUGAAGGUCCCACCGUCGGUGAAUCACAUUUACCCCUCAAGAGACGUCAGGCUGAGGAUAUGCAGGGGGCUGGAGGACCGUUCUUACAUGGUGGGGUUGAUCUACCCGUGUUUCCUGAUCGUGAUCUGCACCCUUUACGCGGUGAAGACGAGGAAGUGCCCGGAGGGUUUCAACGAGACGCGUUACAUAGCCUUCACCAACUACACGACCAUCAUACUCUGGCUCGCCUUCGUCCCGCUCUACCUCGUCUCGACGAACAACGACAUCCGGGUCGUAACCCUGGCCCUGUCCCUCUCGCUGAGCGGGUUGGUUCAGCUGGCCUGUCUCUUCUUCCCGAAGGUCUACAUCGUGCUUAUGAAGCCCGAGAAGAACACCAAGGAAUUGGUGAUGGCCCAGCACAGGAGCUCUUCGUACCUCGCUGCGCCCGCGACUCCCGUCGUUGUCCUUAACGAGAACGGUGUAAGCUCCUACGUCCACGGUAGCGAUUCGUCGAUAAAGACGGGCGGCGGUGGGAGUGACGCCUCGACCUUGAACCUUUGGAAAAUCAAGCCGAUCUUGAAAGACCAGAGCAUCACUUCGGCGGCCCUUAAUGCCAAGGAUACGUUGAAGAAUUUACAAAUCAGGACAAUGUGAAUAUUGGAUGAUGUUUGAUUGAAAUAUUUAGAGUUAAUUGUAUGAUAGGAAGAAUUGAAGUUAAGUGAGUAUAACUGAGGCCAAAUCAAAGUCAACAAGUACAUAUCGCUAAGCUAAGUAUACACACGCAUGUAUAUAUAUAUAUGUAACGAGCAUCUACGUAAAUAUAAAAUAUCAGGUAACAAAUUAUUGAUAUUAUAUA